AUGACUAAUCGUCUCCUCAUAUACGGACUUAUUCUUUGGACAAGUAUAAUUGGAUCUUUUGCAUUAGAUAGAAACAGAGCUUCGCAAUAUGCGAAGGAAAAUCUACAUAACGCCACCCUGACCACCAAUAGUACCUCCACGAAUAUACAAAAAGAACUAUCUUCGUUACUAUCAAGUGGUUCCUCAACCAGCCGAGAUUUUAGACAGCCAACUAAAGUUGAUAUACGGCAGGCUGAAAUACGAGAAAACAGUAUAAAGACAGAGAAAGGAGCAUUGGUACAAUACGCAAGCGCGGUAAGCUCGAGCGAUUCGAGCAAUUCGUUUUUAUCAUUCGAUGAAUGGAAAAAGGUCAAGUCGAACGAGCACUCAUCGAACCCGGAAAGGCAUUCUGCUCGAAUAAGAGAGCCAAUCGAUCCAUCAUGUUAUAAGGAUAAGGAAUGUAUAGGGGAGGAAUUAGAAAUUGAUUUGGGAUUUUUAACUAACACGGAUGAACCGAAUGAAAGUGAAGGACAUCCAAAAAGUUUUCAAGAGGAAGAGGAAAGUAUAGGAAAAGUAUACAAAAAAAGAUUCAACUAUGCGUCUUUAGACUGCGCUGCCACCAUUGUCAAAAGCAACUCUGAAGCUGUUGGAGCCACAUCCAUCCUAGUUGAAAGCAAAGAUAAGUAUUUGCUGAACCCUUGUUCGGCGCCGCAACAAUUUGUUGUCAUAGAACUCUGUGAAGAUAUCUUAGUCGAAGAAGUGAGUAUUGCUAACUAUGAGUUUUUUUCGUCAACAUUCAAGAAAUUAAGAUUUUCGGUUUCUGAUAGACUCCCGGUAGUGAAGAACGACUGGACCAUACUGGGAGAGUUUGAAGCAGAAAAUUCUAGAGAUUUACAGAGAUUUAAAAUACAUAAUCCUCAGAUUUGGGCAAGUUAUUUGAAAGUUGAAAUUUUAUCCCAUUAUGAUGAUGAAUUUUACUGUCCUAUAUCUUUAAUUAGAGCACAUGGUAAAACGAUGAUGGAUGAAUUCAAACUCGACCAACUUAAAACCCAAGAAGAUAAGGAGCAAUCCAUAAUUACAACGGAGAUAGAUAACUCGGAGGAUGACGUUGUUCAAGACAAAUGCAAUAACAUAGAAACACAUUUGGAAGCCUUCAACACAAGUGCGAUGACAGAUAUAGCUGGUUUAUUAUCGUGCACUUCCAAGCUUGCCCCUUUGAAAUUCGAUGAGUUUUUUAAAGAGGUUAACGCCUCCUUUUGUCCUCCAAAGCAAAUGGUAUCGUCCUCAUCUUCUGUAGUUCCUGUGAUCCCAGAAGAGUCCAUUUUUAAGAACAUAAUGAAAAGAUUGUCGCAAUUGGAGACAAAUUCCAGUUUGACAGUGUCCUAUAUUGAAGAACAGAGCAAAUUGCUAUCUCGGUCAUUUGAACAACUUGAAAUGGCUCAUGAAGCAAAAUUCGGUCAUCUUGUCACAGUCUUCAACGAAACCAUGACGCGCAACUUAGAUCUACUAAACAACUUUGCUAACCAGUUGAAAGAUCAGUCACUACGGAUAUUAGAGGAGCAAAAACUGGAAAAUGACAAGUUCACUAAUCGCCAUGUGUUGCAUCUGGAAAAAUUGGAGAAGGAAGUAAGUUUUCAAAGAAGAAUUGUGUACGCUUCAUUCUUUGCUUUCGUUGGGCUAAUAUCCUAUUUAUUAAUAACAAGGGAGCUCUAUUUUGAAGAUUUCGAAGGGAACAAAAACGAAAGUAUUGGAAAAUCGGACAUUAUUCAGCAAGCAAUUAGGUAA